UUUUGUUUUGUUGGGACACUAUUUUAGUUAAGUAUUGCCGGCUUAGGUGAACUUAGAACUGUGGGCCCACAUUAAUUAAUAUAUUGUGUGAACUUAAAAGAGUGAAGUAUUUCACAGUUUGUGCAUUUGUUAAUGUGUUUAAUACAUGUUUAAUUCUCAUACAGGUGUACGUUUGAUUUAUUAAGAACUAUACUUAGAGUGUGUUAUUUCUGUUUAAGUCUACUAUUUGGUGAGAAGGGAAAGAAAUACGGGUAUAUUAUUACUCUAAACUCAACAUAAGUUUAAAACACGAGAGUGUACUAAAAUUAUUAUUUAUAACUUGAUGAGUUUAAUGAACUCAGGGGCCCUUACCCAUGUUAAAACGGUGUAAUUGGGCUACAUAAAAUGGAGGCACCGCUGGGAUUCGUUGUUUGAGUUUAUUGAUAUAUUAGUUCAAAGUACUUUCCUGAUCGUUAUUUUUAAGAGAAAAAAAAAUUUAAGAGAAAAUGGAGCAAACUGAGGUUAUGGUGACUAAACUUAAGAACUGGUGUCUAGGGGAGGGCAUAAAUGAGAGCCAUGCCUUGUUGACAAAAGUUCCUCAAAAUACAGAAGUUGCACAAAUAGAAGAGACAUUGCAAACUAUAAAGUGUCUUGGGCGUGUGCGAGUGAGGGGAAGAAUGUUUGACGAAUCAACAGAUCAAAUAUUAGUGCUUUGUGAGUGCAGGGAAAAACUUACAAAUGCAGACAUACCAAAUGAGGUGUUGACUUUAGAUGAAUCUACAGUAUGGCCUAUAUUCAUUGUGGCAGAAUCUUCAAGUGCAGAUGAAGAUUUUAGUGUCAAACUAAAUACUCUGUUACAAGCAGAAGGGAAGACUGCAGAGGAUGUGCAUGCUCUUCUAACUGGGUCAGAACCUGUACCCUCACCCACAGAGUCCCUCAUUCGUGCUGUGAGUGAUCUACUGGACAAAGCAGCUAAACCUGCAACAGAAGCUGGAGGUUUUCGCCGCCUGCGCACUUUCUCUGGCAUACUACCUACUCCUGCAGGUGAGGAACCAUUUGAUCAUUGGUUGGAGCAGGCUUACAUGAUGGUGGAAGUGAGUGAAUGUUCGCCCAAAGAAAAACGAAGGAGAAUAAUGGAGAGCCUAAAAGGUCCUGCAUUAGAAGUCAUCAAGGCAGUUCGCCUUUCGGAUCCGGAUGUCAGUCCGGAAGAGUGUCUAGAAGCUCUUGACAGUGCAUUUGGGAUGGCAGAGUCAGGAGAUGAUUUAUACUUUGCUUUCAGACUGAUGCAGCAACAGUCUGGGGAAAAGCUGUCAGAUUUCCUACGAAGACUAGAGCGCAGUUUGUCGAAAGUAGUUCAAAAAGAUGGCCUUCCUGCCUCAAGCAUGAACAAAGCUCGGAUUGAACAGUUGCUUAAGGGCGCAGUGGGUUCAGACUUAAUGCUAAUUCAGCUCAGGUUGAGGGAGAGAAAAGGGAACCCUCCGACCUUUCUUGAACUAUUGCGUGAAAUUCGUGCUGAAGAGGAGUAUGAAGCAUCUAGAGCUAAAUUGUCCCCAUCAGUACGUGCAGUCCACCCAAAACCUCAGUUGGACCACAAUCAGAGUGAAAUUCAGAGUCUAAGAGCCGAGAUAAAAGAGGUGAAGUCAAUGUUCGCUGCGUUGUCUUCAAAAUCCCUUCAAGAUACGGCAGACAAGCAAGACAAAUGUUCAACUGACAGAGAGAGACUUAAAGAACCAAGUCUGGAUGCUGAUGUUGUCGCUUUAAAGAAGCAAGUUAAACAGCUGCAGCAAAAAGUCAAGUCGAGAGUGUCACAUCAGGCUGAAACAACACCAGCUGUCAUGGCAGUGCACACUCCAAAUAGACAUCCUGACAUGGAUGAACGUUUUUGCUAUCGCUGUGGUGAAAGUGGACACAUAGCAAGCAAAUGCAGAAGUCCUGAAAAUCAAAAUAAAGUCAUUCUGAGGCUAAUCCAAGCACUCAAAAAAGCUAAAAGUUCAAAUACUCAGCCUCAUACUGAUGAAAGUGUUGAGCAAAGUGCUACAGUGAGAAAGAGUGCAGUGGCUAACCUACAACCGGUCGGGCUCCCAGAAGGACUAAUAGGACCACCGUCCUUGGAACCUUUAAAAAUCAAUGGACAGUUAUGUAAUGCCCUAUUAGACAGUGGAUCCCGGGUUAGCAUCAUCUUUGAAUCCUGGUACAGGAGGUAUCUGUCUGACACACCCAUUCACCCUGUCAGUAAACUGGACAUAUGGGGUCUGAGUGAGUCAAGCUACCCAUAUCUUGGCUAUGUGAUAGUAGAUAUGGAGUUUCCUAAGAAAGUGACUGGAGCUCCAGCUACUUUGUCAGUCCUAGCUCUGAUUUGUCCAGAUCCACCUGGUCCAGACCAAACCCCUGUCAUCAUUGGCACCAAUGCAAAAGCCAAUCUUCCAAAACGCUUGGCUCAGCUGUGUGAGGAAACAUCUGAGGCGCAGGUUCAAACAUUAGGAAUUUGCGGGUUUUUGCCUGGAGAUGCAGAAAGAAACUUGGAUUUAAAAGAAGAAAACGAAGAGAUCGGAUGU